UAUUUGAUCCUGUCUUCUCUGCUCCUCCUUUUGUUGAAAUGACCACCUGAUACAGACUGAAUUCAUAGUCACAUACACAUGCUCAGUUUGGUGUGUAUUGCUAGAGAGAGUACAUGUAAUCAGCACAGGGCCAAUCAGCACUGUACAGGCAGAGGUCAGGGGUUCUGCAUCCUCCUAGAGCAGAAAGAAAACUCCUCCUACAAGCUUUAACAAGCUUUAACAAGCGUUCUGCUGAAGUCACAAGACUGCUAUAUACUGCUGAUGAGAAAAGGUAUUUAGCAGUUUAUAUUUACUAA